AUGGAACUUUGUGUGAAGCUUCAAGAUGUGAGUGGUAGCUCAUCUAGUUCGAAUAACGUGGAAGAACUGGGGAAUUUCGGUGAUGGUGAAGCCAUUCCCUUUCCAGAGAUUGGCAGGCCUCGCAGUCCGUCUUUUAACCCCUUCGUUGUGCCCGCCCAGAAUGCAGAAAAUCCGCAUGAACGUUCCUCCCUCACAACUCAUGUUGCAUCUUUGGAAGGUAUUGCAAACGGGUCGGCUGACUCGUUUGACGAAGACGAGAUUGAGGAUGAUAGCGGAGACGAAGCAGAAGUUAUUCCGGAAACCCAACCGCUUCAAGAAGAAACAUUUAUCCCAACUCAGGUCGAACCGAUAAAUGUCAUGGGGGUAGGAAGUGUUUCCAGCAGCACUCUCGGCCACUAUCUGCAACUGAGUCUUGGUCCGAUGCACUCGACUACCGCGGAAGACAUACCGAGCAACUAUGCUUUGAUCAGUGAAGUGGAGCUGGAGAUUGGAUUGAAAUUCCAAAAUAAAGAAACAACGAUGCUUGCGGUUAAGAACUACAACAUUCGUAGAAGUGCAGAAUUCAAAGUGGUAGAGUCAGAUCAUACUCGGUUGCGAAGACGAGGGCUUCCAGAUUUUGGGAAAUCCGAAAAUACCAAGGGACUCACAGUUGUUUGGCAUCUGCGACAUUGCAAGAUCAUGCUCAACUUGAUUCAAAUGUCAUAUUCUAGCACAUAUUCUCAUGGUUCAAGUAGACACGACCAUUUGCAUAAAAGUGUUGCAGGGUUCUGUGGAGUCAGCGUACAGAUACAAGGUGUCUUACAAGAAGGUUUGGUUAGCAAAGCUAAAGGUACAAUUUUCGAUCUUCAAACCCGACCGUACUAUGUCGACAACACGCUCGACCGUGAUAGUGUCAUGUUUCAUCACGUAUUAUGGUCAUUUCUAUCAUGUGUUGAAGCAUUCAAGCACUGCAAGCCACUAGUCUUGGUGGACGGAACACACUUGUAUGGCAAGUACAUGGGGACAUUAUUGAUGGGAAUAGCUCAGGAUGGAAACAACAACAUACUUCCCAUAGAUUUCGUGCUUGUGGAAAAGGAGAACACAGACUCGUGGUACUUCUUUCUGACCAACUUAAGGAGACACAUUGCCUCUAACUUUGCAACAAACUUCAAGAGCAAGGAAGCCAAAAGGCACAUUGUUAACGCGGCAUACUCGAAGACGCAAGAGCAGGCGCAAUACUACCUUGAGUUAAUCAACGCCGAGGAUCUUGCCACCUCCCCGGCAAUGAUGGCUUGGAUUAGAGGGUUAGAGCCACCGAAAUGGCUCCAACACCGGGACGAGGGUCGCCGAUACGGUCACAUGACAAUGAAUCUUUCUGAGUGUAUCAACUCUGUUCUCAAGGAAAUACUUGCAAAUAGGGAGGGAAUCACGCAGAUGCUUGUCACAUCAUACGACAGGACGACGUCGAUAUUCAUUGUUGAUGAGAUAGCAGUCGUCGGGGCACAGUCCUGGUUCAGAGUUUUCCUCCAACAGCGACGGUGUGACUGCGGAUACUUCCAAACCUUGCACUACCCGUGUGCUCAUGCGCUAGCUGCAUGUACCCAUGCAAGGCUUGACUGGCAGUGUUAUGUCGACGAUGUGUAUCGUGUUGAAAAUGUGUUCCGGGUAUAUCAGAUGGAGUUUUCACCGUUGCCCAACGAGGAAGUUUGGCCACCACACGAAGGACAGCGUCUCCGUCCCAACCCCCACAUGCGACGAUCAAUAGAAGGCCAACCUAUUCCAUAA